AGCUAGUUCACACUCAUACGUUGGACUAGGCGAACGGUCGCUGGGGAAGGGAAUUCACUCUAGUUCUUAUCACUUGUGUUUCGUUUGAUAUCAGUGUUUUUAUGCUUUCAAAUGCAGACUUUUUUCCCUUGGUUGCGAAGGAUAGAGAAAAAAGAAAGGAAAAAAUGUAUAUAUAUAUCUGAGAAUAAAAAAUAAAAAAGAUAGAGAGCUAGACCAUAUACAUACACAAAUCUGCAAUAAAGUAAUCCCCAAAUGAAAGAAAAAACUAAAGACAAAACACAGAGGUAGAUCAAAUAGAAAAAAUAUAUUAAAAACAAUAAGAAUUCAUUGUGGAAAAAAAGUGUCAUGAAAAACAGACGUCAAAGCAAUGCAAGGAAUUCAUCUCUUCUCGUUUUCUUUAUAACGUUCCCAUAAUGGACGGGAGACUGCCAGGGCGCCCCAGCACAAUCUCAGGACGCCAGAGAGACCGGCCCAGAAUUGAACUGCCUUUGGUAUUCGAACCCAGACAACAGCAGUCAGACCCCUCAGAAUUAGAUGCACAUGUCAAAGAAAUCACAAGAAAAAAUGGGAAUUUAAUAAUAGAAAGCAAGAGUUAUAAUAGUACCAUAGAAGAUAUGGAGUACAUAUCAGAAUUAGGUAAUGGCACAUCAGGCAAUGUUGUCAAAAUGCUACACAAAUCUUCAAAGAAAGUUAUCGCCGUUAAGCAAAUGCGACGGUCGGGUAACCUAGAAGAGACCAAGCGAGUCUUCUUUGACUUGGAGGUUGUAUUAAAAUCCCAUGACUGCCCCUACAUAGUACAGUGUCUAGGAUGCUUUGUCACGGAUUCAGACGUCUGGAUCUGUAUGGAGCUCAUGGCCACCUGUCUGGACAAGCUCACCAAGCGUUACAAGCGGCCGAUACCUGAGCCUAUCCUCGGCAAAAUUUCUGUUGCUACCCUAAAGGCUCUCCACUACCUUAAGGAAUCCCACGGUGUCAUCCAUCGUGACGUCAAGCCUUCAAACAUCCUUCUAGAUGAACGUGGUAACAUUAAACUUUGUGACUUCGGGAUCUCAGGGAGACUAGUCGAUUCUAAGGCUAAGACUCGUAGUGCUGGUUGCGCAGCAUACAUGGCGCCAGAACGGAUAGACCCGCCAGACCCUGCAAGGCCGGAUUAUGAUAUUCGUGCUGAUGUUUGGAGUUUGGGCAUCACUCUAGUAGAGCUUGCUACAGGGCAGUUUCCAUAUAAAGAUUGUCGCAAUGACUUUGAGGUGCUGACCAAGGUUCUACAAGACGAUCCACCAUCUCUUCCCAAAGAUGGAAACUUUAGUCCUGAAUUCUGUGAAUUUGUUAAAGAUUGCCUUAUUAAGGAAUAUCGCCAACGCCCAAAGUACAAGAAACUACUUGACUAUCCAUUUAUCAAGAAAUAUGAAAGUAUGAAAGUGGAUGUCUCAGCUUGGUUUAAAGAAGUGUGCCGCCAGACAGAAGACAAGGUUCGGAGCUCCCCUCAGAGAGUAAGUAUAUUUUCCUCUCCUUUACUCCCCCGAGCCUCGCGCUCCAGCAGUCGACCCCCAAGUGCCCCCAGUAGUAGUGGGGGCGGGGGUGGGGGUGGAGGGGGUGGUGGGGGAACUGACUCCGCACCCCCACCACACCACCUGUUGCGCCCAGAAGACGGAGUCGCACUCCUGAAGCGCACAGCCACGACCGCGUUAACCAUAUCCCUCUGCAACCUCAGUUACAACAAUUGCAACAUGAUCAGCAACAACAACAGCUACAGCAUCAACAACAGCAACAGGAACAACAUCAAAAGCAUGAGCAGCCUCCUGUGCAGCAGCUCCACUCGCCCCAAAAACAGCAGUCACCAAAGCAGAAGCAGCCCUCACCACACAAACACCACCGGGAACAGAAUGGUGACAGCAUCAAUAGCCCCAGGAGAAGUGGUGGCAGUAACAGCAGCAGCAGCAGCAACAGCAGCAGUAGAAGCAGCAGCAGCAGCAAUGGCAGCAGCAGUAGCAACUGCAGUAGCAUCAGCAGCAGCAGCAAUGGUGGCAACGGUGUGGUUAGUCGGUCACCGCUUCCAGCCUCUCCCAAUCUGACCCGCGCCGUAUCUGCUUCGCCAUCUCGUUCUGGG